GUGUUCAACGCUGUGUGGGUGCUAUGGUGUGUGACGUCUGUGUCGUAUUGCGUACACAGUGAUUACGUAUCGUGGAGCGUAGUAUGAAACUGUCGAAUUACGUUGUGCGCUUUUAGCUUUGUGAACUCCGUGCAUUAAAUUUAAAGGUCGUUGUGGAGGGGCAGCCCACAGCCCCGGGACUCCCCCGGUCUCCCACGGCGCCCGCGCGCUCGCAGCACGCGCCGUCCGGCAGUCCGGACAUGGACGACCCUUCCAGCAAAAGGCAGGCCACCAGAGUUUUCAAGAAGAGUUCGCCGAAUGGGAAGAUUACUGUAUAUUUGGGGAAAAGGGAUUUUGUUGAUCAUAUAACACACGUGGAUCCCAUAGAUGGAGUGGUACUUAUCGACCCAGAUUACGUUAAAGACCGGAAGGUGUUUGGUCAUGUUCUUGCUGCUUUUCGGUAUGGUCGUGAGGAUCUGGAUGUCCUAGGACUUACUUUCAGGAAAGAUUUGUACCUUGCAUCAGAACAGAUUUAUCCCCAGGAUAGCAGCACAUCAAAGAGGCCACUUACAAGACUGCAGGAACGUUUAAUCAAGAAACUAGGACCAAAUGCAUAUCCAUUUUAUUUUGAACUACCUCCCCACUGUCCUGCUUCAGUAACUCUCCAGCCAGCACCAGGUGAUACAGGAAAACCUUGUGGUGUGGACUAUGAACUGAAAGCUUUUGUCGGAGAGUCUCAAGAUGAUAAGCCACAUAAGCGGAAUUCAGUACGGCUUGCCAUUCGGAAGAUAAUGUAUGCACCAAGCAAACAGGGUGAACAACCAUCUGUAGAAGUUAGUAAAGAAUUUAUGAUGAGCCCAAAUAAACUGCACUUAGAAGCAUCAUUGGACAAAGAGCUAUAUCAUCAUGGAGAAAACAUAGCCGUGAACGUUCAUAUAGCCAACAACUCAAAUAGAACAGUCAAGAAAAUAAAGGUUUCAGUGCGGCAGUUUGCAGAUAUCUGUCUAUUUUCAACGGCACAGUACAAAUGCACUGUUGCAGAAGCAGAAAGCGAAGCAUGCGUGGUGGGGCCAGGCUUCACCCUGUCGAAAGUGUUCUUGGUGAAGCCAUUACUGGCCAACAACAAAGAUAAACGUGGUCUGGCGCUGGAUGGACAGUUGAAGCAUGAGGGCACGAACCUCGCCUCAUCCACCAUAGUUGCAGAUCCUUCCCAAAGAGAGAAUCUUGGAAUAAUUGUGCAGUACAAGGUCAAAGUGAAGCUCUGUCUAGGUGCACUUGGAGGAGACUUGAUUGCUGAGCUGCCGUUUAUUCUGAUGCAUCCUAAACCUGAAGAAGAGCCAGCACCAUCUACAGCCCGGCCAUCUCCAUCACAUGCAGUAAAGGAAGAUGGUGAAGAAGUUGUGCCCGUUGACACAAACCUUAUCCAACUUGAUACGGAAGGAAUAUGCCCUGAUCAAGAUGAUGAUAUAAUCUUUGAAGAUUUUGCAAGACUGCGAUUGAAAGGUGCAGAAACAGAUGCUUAAAAAUGGUCAUCGUUGAAAAAAAAAAAAAACACUUCGCUUCUUCAUUGUGCACAGAAAUUACUUUGUUUGGAGUAAUAAGUGACACUGCAAUAAUCACAGCAGUGAAUCCUUUUAACUUGAAGGUUGCAACUUCCAUUUGAAGCUCUGGGGCUUCACUUGUAAUUUAUAUGCUUCUUGAAGUAACCAGAGGUUUCAGACAAUAGAGGAAGUGGUAAUGGCAUACAUGUAAGGUGGGGUGGCAUUUUCUGGUGUUAAAUGAUUGGUACUGAAUAACAACAUAGCCAUUUUCAUUUUGAUAUUUUUUGUAUUGCAUAGUAAUACAACACUCCCUUCACCGUAUUCUACUGUUACCUUAUGUUGCUACACUUUAUUUUAGUUACGUGUCAUCAGUCUGAGCAUUUUAAUUGGUAUUUUUAGUGAAAUCUCUCUCUCUCUCUCUCUCUCUCUCUCUCUCUCUCUCUCUCAUAUGUUGACCUAGUCAGGAGAUAAGGACUGUAAGAUACUUGUCGUUUGUACAGUUUUUAACCAUAGACAAGAUUCUGUUGUUGUUUCUUAUCCUGUAGAUAAUGACUUAAUUUAAACUGGAUUAAUAAUCCAGUUGCUGUAGCCUGCAAUAAUGUAAUACCUUCUUUGCCUGUGCACAUAGGCCAGUACAUGAUAAUCUAUAGAGGUGACCGUGUAUUGCUAUAGAUUGUGUUCCUCUUUAAUCCAGUCACCAGUGAUCAAUUUCUUUUUGUUGUUGUGUGUACUUUUGAGUGUAUAAGAAACUGUAGAAAUGUUUACCAGUUGUUAUUGAAUAUUGGUUCCUUAAAUUUUGCCAGUAUUCAUGGUAUGCACCACAUGUAAUCACCCUGCAUUAAACUUUUUAAAUCAAAUCUGUUAGGUGAGACGUUGUUGUUGUUCCUCUUUUUUUUUUUUUUUACUAGAGUAUAACUAGAUUAAAAUAUUGGAAUCAGGAGAAAACCAUUUGACGUAGUAUUUAGACACAUUCUUUUUUUCCAAAAACUAAAGAAAAAAAAAAAACCUCACUCACAUGCACAAGCUUGCUUUACACUGUAAUAGUGUAGUCCCACUAUGGUGUGAGGAAGUGUUUAUUUUAAAGAAUAUUUGUGACUUCUAUAAAAAAAAAAGCUUAUUUUUCACCUGGAAAAUGCUGUUUUUCGUGGUCAGCUCUCUUGGUUGAGGCACAAAAAUUCUCUCUCCCAGUUGGCAUAUUCGUAUGUUUCCUAAAUUUAUAUCUCAGUAAAUAUCUUAAUUAAUCACUUUCUUUGUGGGAUGUCACUUUCUUCCUUUAAUAUUUAUUUGACUUUCCUGUUCGAUACAUUUUAGCGCAUUUUCUCUGGAACUAUGUAUAGCAGUCCAUAAUCUCACAAGAAUUAUAUUAUUUGUUCUCUAAUGAUGAUGAUGAUGAUGAUGAUGAUGAUGAUGAUGAUGA